AUGAAUCAAAGAUGGUUAAGAUUAUUAAAAAGAAUGUUCAAAAUGAACAUAAAUACAAAUAGAAUCGAGAAAACAGAUAGAUUAAUCAAUGGAAAGAAUGUAUUGAAAUUUAUUAAUUAUGAAUUUAUUGAUCUAACAGUUUUAGUUCAUAAUCAUUUGAAAGAUAAAGAAAAUGAACAACACACAAAUAUCAUAUUAAUCGGAAAUAUUAAAACUAAUGAUGAGAUAGUAAUACCAGAUACUGUCGAUACUCAAUAUCAAUUAAUAUUAAUAGAUUCAUUUUCACCCUUAAAUCUAUCGAUACUUUUAAACAAAUCAGAAUCAUACACAAUCAAUACUCAAAAAAGUCAAUUCAAAGACACGUUUGACUUUUUCAAACAAAGACACAUCAUUAAUAACAUUCAAUAUCAUUCAAUAUCAAGAUUUACAAACAGUAAUAAUAUCAAUGAUGUAUAUUUAGUGUGUGGUACUGAUGAUCAUAUAGCUUUUUAUAAAAGAUUGGUAAGAUCAUUUUUCAAAGUAAUUAAUCAAUUGACAAUCAUAAAACUAACAAAAUCAAUUCAAAAGUAUGUUUAUAAAGCGAUAAACUAUAAAGAUAAUCAGAAAUCUUAUGAAAGAGCUGAGAAUGAAAUCAAAGCAAUGAAAUUACUCAAAGAUAAUUGGAGAUUUGUUCAACUUGUUGACUAUCAUCAUGAUAAACACAAUCAAAUCUUUCAUAUCAUCACUUAUUAUUGUAAAGGUGGUGAUCUUACUCAAAAGUAUAAACUUUUAACUGAUCUAAAUCUGAUCUUUGAAGAAUCAGAUAUUAGUCGAUAUAUUUCAGAACUUUUCAAUAUUCUUUUGGAUCUUGAUAAACAUGGAAUUGUUCAUUGUGACAUUCAACCAUCAAAUAUAUUCAUUGGCAAUGAUUCUUAUGGUACUUUGAUUCUUGGUGAUUUUGGAUGUUGUAAAUUCAUUGAUCAAUCAACAAUCAUUGAAUAUCAAGAUACAAAAGUAUUUAUUGAGCCACCUGUUGUCAUAACAAGUGUUUCAAAUUCGAAAGAAAUAUCAUAUCCAACUAUCGAUAUAGAUCCAAACACACUUAUAAAUGCAACUCGUGGAACAAUUGGUUAUAUUUCACCAGAAGCAAUGAACAGACAAUAUGCACAAUCAUGUGACAUCUUUUCAAUUGGAUCAACAAUUCUCAAAUUAUUAUGUUGUCAUCAAGAUGAUCGAAAUAAUCAUCAAAUAUUCCAAACUGCUGGUGAAAUUAAGAUUUCAGAAUGCAGAUAUUCAAAAAAAUUUAUUGAGUUUAUUCAUCUAUUGUUGGAUCAGAGUCCAAAGAAUAGAGAAUCAUUGAAUCAAUUAUUAAACCAAUAUAUUGAAACCAUCACCAAUCAACAUUCAAUUACAUUCAAUUUAAAUACUACAUUCAAAAAUAGAUCAGAAAAUAUCACUGAAAUCAAAUUUGGUGAUGAAUUUAAUCAACCUUUGCAAUCUAAUUCACUCCCUCCAAAUCUGACAUCAUUAUCAUUUGGAUCUAAAUUCAAUCAAAUAUUAUCAGUUGGUGUGUUACCUGAAUCACUGAAAUCAUUAUCAUUUGGAUAUGAAUUCAAUCAAAUAUUAUCAGUCAGUGUGUUACCUAAAUCAAUUUCAUCACUCAUUAUUGGUGGAGUACAAAAAGACUCGGUGAGUCAAAGCAAAUUAGCUUUAAAUUUAAAAAUUCUUGAAAUUUAUGAUGAUGGUUAUAGACACAAAAUAACAACAUUCAAAUUGACAAAUUCUCAAGAUUCACUUUCAUUUAUCAAAGAAUUCUAUCCAGAAUAUUAUUCAACACACAAUCUAUCAAAGAUCAGUGAUUACAUUGUCGAUUCUCAGAACAAUCAAAUCAAAGGAGAAUACAUCAUUGCUCUACUUUUAACAGAAUAG